AUGGCUUUCUACCUGCGAUACAGAAUCUGGGCUCUGAUUAUCGAUUGGCGAGGUCGUUUUGGUUGGCAUCUCUGGUCCUUAUACUCUACGAUUUCAGAUGUUCAUGACGCCACGGCGGCCCAAGUUCUGACAGUCGGAGAUGAGAUUCUGUAUAUGUGGCGAGGUCGUUUCGUGUGGACACGAAUGCUGUUUUGGCUGACAAGUGUUGAACAUAUGCUGUACGCCGUCGACAGAACCGGUAUUGGCCCGCUGGCGACGACAAAUGUUACGGACGUACCUGUGCGCAUCCUCAUUUUGAGAUUAUACGUCAUCUACAGAUGCAACCGCAAGCUCUUGCUUAUACUGUGUACACUCUUCGCUGCCGAAUUGUCCAUCGAAUGUGUCCUCUUGGUGAAGAUUUUUAACAACCUAAAACGUACGCUUACAACGAGCUAG